AUGUAUGGGUCAAAUCUUGCAGACACUGCCAGGCGAUUAUCUGAUCUUGAAGUGGCGCUUUUCCUGUGUCUUGCUGCUCGCGAGCAUUGCUUGAUCGAGACCACCAGCAAUUGCAUCAAUGACCUUGCUAAAGAGCUUGCCCUGAUUUCCUGGGCAACAUUUGAUUAUUCAUAUAGCAUCGUUGAAUGCUCCUCCUCUACGUCUGCUGAGGACGUUUAUAAUGAGGUUCUCUCUCCUGAUGCACGAGCAAACCAUCGAGCAACGCGUCCUUGGUUGAACACUGAAGUGUCAAGCAAGCGCUCUUCCUACAAAAGCUUUGGGGAUACCAGCAAGCCCCCGGCCACGCCAACCCCAUUAACGAACCAUAAUGUUGUCAACAUAGUGAUCGCCAAAAACUUUAACCUUGCCAGCGAUGAUCUUCAAAUGCACAUACUGCAGUUAAUGCGGUCGAGAGAACUGAUUACCGAGAGUGGUAUCUUAAAUGCACCCGAAGAGUUUCUCUUCAUUCCUCUUGUGGCCCGAGAUUCCGAUCAUCCUCAGCCGCCACUGAAGAAACACUUGCUCGAUAACCUUUUUAUCUCCCAUUUCCACAGUCCUGGGGAUGGGUAUUCACAUCUUGAAGAAGAUGAUUAUCUUUCGGAUGGACAAAUUUCUACGUCGUCCGUUGUUCAUAAGUCAGAAAAUCAUACAAAACGGAGCGCCACGCUUAGGCAGAAGGAUAUGGCUCAGCUCCGAGACUCAAGUGCGUCAGUCACUACUAGUGCCGAAAUAGCGCGUUAUAUCCAAGACAUUGUUGUGUUCUUGCGCCUAAGUCGUGCUGUCUCCGGGGGCGUAUCUGCCAAAGCAAAUAUUGAAUUCUCACGAUUUGCAGAGCUCUUAGCUCCUCUGCAUGGAAUUGAUUUUUUGACGCCGUCGAUUGUGGCACUGGCCGCGAGAAAAGUUUUCCGCCACCGCAUUAUUGUCACAGUACCAGGCGAAGACCGCAGUUUACAAUACGGAAGCAAUAUCCAUGCAGUGUCGCAUGUUCUUGCAGAAGUGACUGCGGAUUCGAUACUGGAUGGUGUUUUGGCCCUCGAGCCACCGUUGUAA